AUGUCCGAAAGUGCAUAUAAUUCACCGUUGUUCAGCAGGCGACUUACAGAUUCGUGCUGUAGUUCACCUGCAAGAAGUAUCAGGAGUCAUAAUAUAGAGGAUCUCACCGAUUCCGAUGGUGAAGGAGAUCAGCUGUUUACAGAAGUUCCGGGAACGCCUGAGCAAACGGUUAUCUGCGGGUGGCUGAAGUUCCGAGACAACAAAAAGGCAAAUACUUUAUCAGUUUCCUCAAAUAACUGUUCAUCAUCAGGAGGUGGAGCUCAUGAUACCAUAACUGAAGAAAAUCAGGGUCAAAGUUUGCCUGGUUCAAGCGGUAUUAAUAAUACCAACAUCCCUAAGUUGCCCAUUUUAGAUGAUAAUAUUGAGAACACUUUUCUAAAUUUAAUAAGGCCCCCAUUACCCGAGUUUGAUCUCAAAACCUUAUUAGAAACUUCUCCUUUGGGAAACUCAAUUUUAAAUUAUUACCUUGCAAAUGGUGCAUUAGAUCAAAAAAGGAGACGUAGGCUUGUGGAUAUUAUUAACCUUGAUUUCGACCGAAUGUGUCCUGGUAAAGGUCUCAAUUUUCAUAAUUUAUGGCCAAGUUUCUUUAAUAAAGUUUUGGAACUGAAGAAACAAGAUUUAACAAAUUAUAACGAUCCACAUAUACAGGCAUUGUUAGAUUCCUUAGAUAUCAUUCAAGAAUAUGACUCCAAAAUUGCAACACAAGUAAUGCUUCUUCCUCAUUUAAUACCCCCAAAAAGCCGUACAGUAGUUGCAAAAAAGCAUUGGAAGUUUUCAAUACAAGAAGCCGUUGAAAAUCUGCUGGUGCUCGUUAAAGUAGAGAUGAAAUGUAUAAAGUGUUCAAAAUUUUUUUCUAAUUUUAAUCAAUAUAUUCUAUAUUUAGAAUGCUAUCACAAUUCAAGUUCAAAUUAUUUUGUUUGUCCUAUACCGAGCUGUAGCAGGAUUUACCAUCGAAAAAAUUCUUUAAAACAACAUAUGAAUAUUAUUCACCAAGCUAAUUUUUGCCAUGAUAAUCUGGCAAAAAAUACUGACGAUAAAAACAUCAUCAAUGAAAGUUAUUCGACCAGUGAUACUCAUAUUGAAGAUAACAUUUUAGGUGAAUCUGUUGCCGUUACUGAAGAUAAUUUACAAAAACUCUUUGCAGAUUUUCAAUCGCUAUUUACAAUCUCUAUCGAAAAAUAAUAUCUCAAUUCUAUUGUAAUUUAGAUGUGCCAAGAUCAGUCAUUCAAACUCUAAUAGAAUCCGUUUCAGCUUUUAUGUCUUCUGGAUUAAUUGAUAAAAUGUUAAGAGUCUCUUAAGUUUUUUGGCGGUGACACGAAAUCUACUUCCUUCGAAUAUAUAAAGUCUAUGCUAAAAUUGAUGGAAAAUCCAUUUUCAUCACUAGAUACGGAAUACAAACGUUUUAAACAUUUUCAAAAAUCUGAUAAAUUAUUUAUGCCUCAAGAAAUUUUUCUCGGUGUUUCAGAAGAUCAGGUGCGAAAAAACAAUGAGGUUUCUUUAGUAUUAAAGCAUAGAUAUGCUUACUAUGUUCCACUAAAAGAAUCUCUUAAACGUUUCUUAGAACUUCCAGAUGUUUAUCAAAGCGUAAUAAAUUAUCAUCAGCAAUUAAAAAAAGAGUAUUCGGAAAAUAAUGUUCUUCGAAAUAUAAUUCAUGGAAGUAAUUGGUCUUCAAAAUUUCAUAGUGAGAUUUUGCCGUUAGUGUUGUACUACGAUGAUUUUGAAAGCGGAAAUCCUCUUGG